ACUGCUUGAAGGGUGGGACCUUUCGCCUGCAAAAAGCAGCUCGCAUGGUCACCUUCCUUGAGCCAUUGGAGGGGGAGCACACCCAGCUGCCGCAGGAUCCUCCAGUUGAGGGAGUGGAAUCUGGGCAGGUGCUUCCGCUGCAUCCCGUGGAAGAAGAUUCUGAACCAGGGGAUGGCUAUCUAUGCCCUAGCUGCCCUUUCCCCUGGUGGCCUUUGCACUACCCAAGUGGCAGAGUUUACCAUCGCAAGGGCCGCACCCUGUUCGAUCCUCCACAUGGGCAGCCACGAUUUAAUGAUCGAUUUCUCACAGGAUUGAUGGAGCAGAUCCUGCACCGAGGGCACAAGCCUCUUCGUACAGGCUUCUUCUUCAAUGAGGAGACGGGAGCCGUUUUCGGCGAAGAGUCCGCUAUGGAUUAUUUGGCUCACCAGCUGCAUCUUUGUGAUGAGGAGGAGCAACCACAGCCCAUAAGCUUGACUCAAUCCAUAUCCAUCAUGUCGGCCUCCUCCACUCCAAGGUCAGCGCAUGCUUUGGGAAGGCAUUUGCACAAAAGCCUCACCUUGGACAGCGCUAAACGUGAGGUUUUGAAAGAGUGGAGGCCCGAUGAAGACAGCUCUUACAGCUGCAUACUUUCGCAGCAUUCUCAUCUUCAAAGACUUAGCUCGAGCCUCCUGAUGGUGGUGCUCUCCUCCUUUGACCGAAUGACCUCCAUACAGCUUUGCAUUAGCCUGCUUACCGACAAAGAGUUCGUAGAGCUUCGAAACUCCAAAGAAGGUGCAGUGGUGGUCAUGGCCAUCGUGGUCCUCGUGGUCUUGUACAUGCUCAUUUGGGUGCUAACAUCUUGGGGAAGAGCAAACGAUCAGGUGAAAGCGGAUAUCGACUACGUGGGGGAUUUGGUUUGGCCGACAGGAGCUCCUGAUGGUGUUUCUUGCGAACGCCCUGCCAAAGAUCGCUUGGCAUCAAACCUGCAAGUCCGCCUCUCCUUGGUCUAUUUCCAGUUGUUUGCCAUCCCCAACCUCGUCACUGAUGUCCUACAGCUCUGUCACCCACGCAAAGGCGCCAUGAAAUUUGCAGCGCUCAGUUAUCGAGGCAAAAUCCCUCGAUUCUUUGCGCUUGGCUUUGUCAAUAAGGUGAUGUUCCAUUUUGAAGAGUCGGUUGGCGUUCUCACGCUGCUGCCGAACAUGGCCUUGGUGAAAAUUCCUUGUAUGGCCUUCAAGGUUUACAUGUUCGUACUUCUUCAGCAAUCUGGACUUCUCUUGGUCAGCCUCAUUUGGGACGUGAUCUUGAACUCUGUAAAGACUUACAAGAUCAUAUCUCACAUCCAGACAGCCGUGAAAUACAAACGUUGGCUGGCGGAUCCGCAUUCAGAUAUGACAAUGUCUGCUCGAACAGUGAGGGAGAAGCUCCUGAAGAAACAUUUCUUCUUCGAAGAUUCCCAAGUGCCCGGACAGCUCGAGGACCCAGGCCCGAUGGGUUGGUUCUUGCAGCUCUUCGGCGGCCGAUGCUGUGAUGAGCCACAAAGGUCACCCACAGGUUACCUGGGCCGCUGGACACUCCCAGAUGACCCGAAGGCAGAGGAUUUGAGAUGCGAUUGGGUGCAAAGGUCUAUCAAACUGAAGACGGCCAAGUCCAUGUUGCGCUGUCGGCCAGGAGAGGAAAUCGGCCGUAAGACCAUUUGGAGCUGCGGACUUCCUUCAAUCCCAGCCGUAGUCGUGGAGAAGCUUGCCUUGGUGAAUGCCAAUGAGCGCGUGCGCACAGAGUUUUGGUACACCCUCUCCGGGAAAGUUCUCUAUGAGGACCCAAGACACCAUUCCAAACGCACGUCGGAAGAAAAUGCUCCAGUCCCUGACGAAGCGCGGAGAUUGGAUUGCAACGAAGACGAUGACGAAGAUGAGGUUUUCUAUGGACGACUCUUGACAUACAGCAGCUUUGCCAUGAGGUUGUGCGAGGCAUUAGCAAGAGCUUCGUGUACAGCAUUUUACAACAUUGCCAUGUUCAACCUGUUGGUAGAGAUCGUCACAACAAAGGAGCUUUCUGGCCUUUUCGAUUGCCACAUUCUCUCCCUCUUCCUCAUCUCUCGUUUUCUAUGGCUCUACAUCUCCCUACGCAGAGCUCAGCGCGCCAUCGUCCUUGAUUGGUUUGACAAGGGGGAAUAUGUCACCAACGUCGGAUGCUUUGGUCGCUUUGGCCUUCUCUUCAGCAGCACCAUCGUGGAGAUGUUCACGCUGCCCAGAAUGGUCCGAGACGCUGUUUCACUUUUACAUCCGGACAAACAAUGCCAACCCUUUGUCGCCUUUGGCGGGAAGCUGUAUGGGCCCCGUGCCUUCAUUCUGGGCUUCCCCAACAAGGACAUGUACACAACUCAAAGCCUGCACGGCAUUUUGUCGCAAGUUCCUGUGCUGCUGGCAGACGUCGCACUUACCUUGGGCUUGGUGUGGACUUUGGAAACACGAAUUGGCCUGUUCUAUUUCUAUGUGCCGGCAGAUCGCGAACGGUGGCUUUGGUGUAGGUUGAUGACAUGGCUGGUGCUGGUGCUUACAGUGCUGAACUUUGUGCUGAAGGCGAUCCUCCUGUACCACUACAUUGGUGCACGUCAGCGGUACCGGAGCUGGUUGAAGGUAAAACUUCAGGAUGUGGGUCAGCCAGACCCCAUCAUGCGCGCACUCAAGCGCGAGUGGCGAACCUACUUUGGCGAGCUGGCUCACGUUUUGGCCUCUGGCCCUUUGAGUCCAUGACGAGUCAAGAUGGGAGCUGAAGCAGUGUACCCUAGCUCGAUCGAAAAUUGGACUGCUGACAGUGCUGCGAUGCAACGAAA